AAAAACAUUAGAUAAAAAUAAAUAAGAGAAAAUAGAGACAGUGGAAAAAUAAAAAAUAAUAAAAUGUGGCUUUUUGGAUACGGUUCUUUAGUUUGGAAAGCUGGGUUUCCAUAUACUAAGCGGGUACUAGGCUACGUCAAGGGAAGAUGCUGAUUGGGUGAGAGAAGUUAAAGAUCAAUUAGAUUACAGAGAAAAGGGAGGAUAUUCAAAGUAUAUUACAUAUUUCCAUCCAGCAACUCAGGAGGAACAGGAGAAAAUUGAGGUUACUCUAUACAUAGGGACAGAGACUCAUAAACAAUAUACUGGCGGAGAACCGAUAUCAACCAUAGCAUCAACUAUUCUGGUUUCCAAGGGUAGAAGCGGAGAAAAUAAGGAGUAUCUGUACAACCUGGCCUCGAGUAUGCGUGAAUUAGCUCCGCAUGUACAAGAUGAUCAUCUGUUCAGCCUCGAGCAGGAGGUCAAGAGACUAGAACAGGAACUGCUGAGCUCAAAAGAUUAGAACAGGAGCCAACAGAUAAAACAGGAACAUAAGAACAAUUAUUUAAACAUUUAAAAAAUGUUUGCAUGCUUUCAGCUUUUACAUUGACAUAUUUAUAAUUAUGAUUUUGUUUAUAUGACUCAAACUAUAUUUUCAUGUUAGUAGUUCGUACCACACAUAAGUUUACUUGAACGGAAUAACAGCUAGUUUUUCAUACUUAAAAGCUUUAUAUACUUUUAAGUAAUGGUAAUGAUCAUUGCAAUGCCAAUUUUUUAAUAUAGGGUAACUUAAUAUAACACCUUCAGACCCUCUAAGUUAUAAUUUUUGACAUUUGAUUAUUACAGAUUGUAAAAAAUAUAAUUAUCAAAGCUCUAGAUCUCUAAUUCUUUUUUCCUUUUUUUGGUGUUGGUUUAAUUGUUUUUCCUCAUUAGUAUUAAUAAUUUU